GCCCCAAGCCGCAAACCCAUUCAGCUGUUUAUCGUACACAGCGUAGUAUGCUUGUAUAUUGUACAGAACAUGAUGUGAGCAUGUGAAAGUUCGAAAAAAUAUACCUCGUACAUCGGGGAAAAUGGAUAUCGUUCUCAGAUUAAUGACGGGAAUUAUUUUAGUGUGUUUCCCAAAAUAUGGACUGUUUGCCUCUUCGACAACGGACAAACAUGACAUGGCAACCCUGCUUCAGACACAGUAUAACCGUCACCUAUUGAAGAACGUCCCACGGCCGUACGAAAUCAUCUUCCCGAAACGUAUAGUCCGACGUAACAAGGCCAUCGGGAUAUCCACCAAGGAACACCAAAUCAAACACCAUGGAACCUACGAACAUUACAAACAUGUGACGUACGAGCUACUCAUCCAGAGCAAACUACAGAAGAUACGUCUGGAGAGAAACGAAGUACUGCUGUCGUCGGGUGUUCAAGUACGACAUUAUAUUGAAGAAAACCAGCAAAUCGUAUCACAGACGGUGGAGCACUGUUUUUACCAUGGCUACGUACGAAAGGACCAGUGGUCGAGUGUGGCUGUCAGUACUUGUCACGGAAUCAGGGGCGUCAUUAACCUGAACAAUGAGACCUAUGUGAUCCAGCCACUACUCGGAGGGGAUGAAGGGACUGAACAUCCCCAUUUGGUUUUCAAGGCAACACCCUCCGAGUCGGAAACAUGCGGAAACGAGCAUGGCCAGUGGCUGUCCUUCCAGGAACUCCACCACGGAGAGUUCGUCAAGCGGGUCAAACACCUCAAAGCCAAACAGCAGUCAAGCCAACAAAAUGACCCCCUGGACCCAGCUAAUGCUGUGACAGAAAAGAUGAUGAAGUUAGCCCUCAUCAUAGACCACGCUACAUGCAACCAGCUCAACUUCAGUUUCAGUGAGAUGGUCACGUACACCAUACAGAUAGCCAAUAUGGUGGACUUGUAUUACAAGGAAAUAGGAAUGAGGACGCCUAUAGUUUACUUGGAACACUGGAACCAGGGGGACAAAUUAGCCAUUACACCGAGCCUCAGGAAAAACCUAGAUCAGAUCCUAAUGUACAAGGGGAGAGAACUCGCUCAGAUAGAACAUGAUGGAACACACCUGCUUGUUGGAGAAGAACUAGAGGAUAAUUCUAUAGGGAUGGCCAUUCCGGACUCUGUGUGUACUAACAGGGCUGUCGGGAUCAGUAAGAUAAAGAAUGUGUUCCAGCCUCAGCAGGUGGCCACUGUUCUGGCUCACAUGAUUGGUCACAACCUUGGGUUAAAACACGAUGAGGACAAUAACGAGCGAUAUCUUUAUCAUACAGGUGGCUGUGACUGUGAGGAUGACUUUGGCUGUAUCAUGUCCACAUCGGUUCUGUCAAAGACUAGUCUCCACUCACGCCAGUUUUCGUCCUGUAGUCUGUCCGACCUUGAUGUGGCCCUGAAUAUGGAUAUAGCAUCAUGUCUGGCCCCAGACAAUAGGAAGGAGAUGUUUACCCAGACCUGUGGUAACAUGUACAUAGAACGUGGGGAGGAGUGUGAUUGUGGAGGGGUCGAGGAAUGUGAAAGGGUUGACCCCUGCUGUGACCCCCACACCUGUCUCCUCAAGACAUGGGCACAGUGUCGCACGGGUGCCUGCUGCCACAACUGUACAUUUAUGGCCAAGAACUACGUGUGUCGGGAGAAGUCGACAGAGUGUGAUGUACCGGAACUGUGUACAGGAGACAGUGGAGAGUGUUCCUCUAACAAUUAUGUCCAGGAUGGACAUCCAUGUGGUAAUGGUCAAGGCUAUUGUGAGGGAGGGAUCUGUCCCACCCUCACCCAACAGUGUCAACACAUCUGGGGCACAGAGGCCACAGGAGCUGACUACCAGUGUUUUGAACGGUUCAAUCCAACAGGAAACUUUAAUGGGCAUUGUGGGAAGAACAACCGGACAGGAUCCUUUGCUAAAUGUUUACCAAAGAACAUACAGUGUGGGUUACUACACUGCCAGGGAGGAACCACAGUUCCCCUCCUCGGGUCAGACAGGAGUUUCUCCAAAACUACCUUCAGAUUUGAUGACGUGGAAUAUAAUUGCAAGGUGAUCCACGGUCCAGCUGUGAUUGGUCUGCCACAUUUCGGUCUGGUCCAGGACGGCACCAAGUGUGGAAAAGGUGGCAUCUGUAGGAACAAGCAGUGUGUGUCAAUAAGUGUCUUACCUCCCCUGAUGUGUCCCGGGACAGGGGGCGACAUCAUCUGUUCAGGGCAUGGGGUUUGUACAAAGGACAGCACAUGUUUCUGUGACGAAGGAUGGGAUGACCUUGACUGUUCUGUGAAGGUCAACAUCACCGUGACGACUGGGAUCAUGGCUACCACUCCCUUGCUGACGACCACAACAACGACCCCUGAGAUCCUGGUAAUCCCAAUCGAAAUAAAUGAGGCCACUACUGCUAACACAGAGAGCUCUGUGGCUGCCCUUGUUCCCGAGGACGACGGCUUCUCCUCCGUGUGGCUCAUCAUCAUUCUGGCCGCGGUCGUUGGGGGUCUGGUUUUCCUGCUUACAAUGACAUUUGUAUGCUACAGGAGGAGAAAUCCAGCCAAGUUAUUUAAGAAAAAGAAAGGAUUCUUUGGAAAGAAGGGUGAAAAGGACGAUAAAUGUAUAGAGGCAGGAAACAAGCUGAUUACUUUUGGGAACCUGCCUUCCUACAAGUCUGACAAGCUCUGGGGUAAGAAAAAGAAGAAAGGACGCCUGACAAGUGAGGAAGAGAGUGACAUCGGGGAACUUCCCCCGCCUCCCAUCAUAAUCUCUAACGACGCAGUCAAACCAGAGCGUGGAAUUCUGAAGCAUUGUGGGAAGGCUGAUGAGCGGCGUAGUAGCGAGUCAAACACUGGUGGCUCAGACGUGACCUGUGAUCGCGAGAGUAUGGAACGUUACAUGUACGAUGAGGAGGAUGACGAUGAGGCAGAGGAAAUACAGGAAAUUCUCAGUCGAAAAUAUGAACCCGGAAAUUCCAUGGAAGAAGCCCUUGAUCAAAUUGCAGAAUCCUCAAGUUUUGACUUUGUGUUACCAAUGCCACAUUUCAAUUCUGGGAACAACACUUCUUCUGGGCCUACACAGUCAUCACCGAGGAGAAUGAUGAUGGGGGUCGGUGGGUACGACUUCCCAAUGCAUCAAACUCAACCGCAGCGUCCUCCAAUGCUGUGGAAGUCUAAUCUUCAAUCUCCGCCCAAGUCAAAGGUCAUUCGCAUGAAAAAUUUAGAUGAGUUGAUUCAGCAGAUUGACAGGCACACUAUUGACCUUUCACCUUCUCCAGAUGAACUGCCAAUGCAGGUGUCGCCAUCUACUUCGGAGGAUGUUCGCAGCAGCUCCACAGAUGAUCGGGACCGCCAUUAUUUCAACAGCUGUCACACGCCGCAAUCUCCACAGUCCAUCACAAGCGGAAGCACUCGCGACACGUACCGCCCCCUCCUCAGCAGCCAAUGGACUAAGUAUAUCCUCCGACGCAAUGAUUGGGAUAACGAAAGUGCAGACUACUGCACAAACGAAUCUCCACCCCCUCAUAUAAAUAUUCCACCACCCAUGAGUCCUCUGCACAUACGGAACAUAUUCAACUAUGCACAGAAAUCACUUGACCGCGACAACAAUGAUACACCAAUGGGAAGUCAGACUGGCGAGUGGAGCUCUAACAACGGUACCACAAACUCACGCUGUGGCUACGAGAAAAGUUCAGGUUACGGCAGCGAACAUGAUCCUGCAGAAGGAAAUAGCAUUGAUGGCAUGUCCCACACACAGUCCAGAUCGGGGUCAGCAUCGCCUCCAUCGUACAGCGCUGUAAUCCGCACUGGGCCAAACCAAAUCAAACUGGUGCCCGCCAGAAAGUUACAGGAAACUGGUAUAGAAAAUGAAGAUUUACAUAGACUUUUACAAGAGUUACCAAGAAUUGAUGCUGGUACCUUUGAACGGAGUCCAGUCCCAACUAAUAUCAAACAACCAAGGUACGGUUUUCUAUCAAAGGCCGAUUCUUUACCCCCCGGUAUACCACCACCUUCCGACUCUUUCCCAGACCCCUGCCCCCUUAGUAAGCAGGACAACAUGCAGUUCGGAAGUGCACCAUGCAUAGACUGUAGUUUGGAGUCAAUACCCCAGGCAGUUCUUGCCAAAUCGAAACCCAAAAAUAGAAACUGUUUCAAUGUGGCACACAGACCUAACAGUCUCACGGGGCCUCAGAGGGAGGUCGAAUUAAUGUUUGAACAGAACGAUUCGGACACUGACAGUCGGAGACACAGUGCCCUUGACAAUGCACUGGAAGCUCUGCCUAUGGACCCUACGGUAGCGUAGUGUUACAAGGGUAGACAACUCUUUUUAAAAAAGUGAGGACAACUCUUAAAGACAAUUGGUUGUUGCCGGUGCUGUAUAAUAUUUGUAUGUAUGUGCUUUAAUGCCGAAGUAACAACUAGAUCUGCUAAACACGCAUGAUUUUUUUUCUUUUCUGUGCUCUUACAGAAAUUUUUACAAUAUUAUACAUGACUUUGUUUGAACAUUCUUUAAAAAAUAUUUUGAUGAAUUUGUAUUUCAUCUUUUUAAGUCAUUUGAUUAUGUAUGUUUUGAUUACAGUAAUUUGUGACUUGAAGUCGGCUAUGAAUUUAUUCAUUGAUUUUGCAAACAAUUUUAAUAUUUUGCAACUUCCUUUAUUAAUUUCAAUUUGAAGUGAGAAUCUCCUUCUUGGCAAAGGAGUAUUUAAAUGUAAUAAGUUAUUCAAAAGAAUAUGAAACCAACUGUUGGAGCACACACAUUGCCAUUUGGACAAACACUUCGAUACUUAUGUCUCAAGAUAUUGGUAUCUUACCGUGUAAUUUUUUCAUUUUUUUUCUCAAUUUUUCAAUAUAUCUGUUGGUUUCUAUGGGAACGUGUAUCUUGAAAGUGUUUUUCAUUGCAAUUGUAUAUACCAAUUUAAAUCUUACUUGCCAUGAUUUUACCUGAACAUUUUUGUAACUUUGAGACCAAUUCAUUUAAUAUGCAGACAAAAUGUAACAACCUUUGAAGCACAUUUUUAGUAUCAAUCACCCACCGAAGUCUGUUUUUUGACACGGAUCAGAAAUUAUAUAUGGCAACCAGUGAAUAUCUUGGACUUUGGCUCUAAGGUUGUUUCUGUGUAAUAUCAUUAAAUUUUAAAAGAAUGCUUUAAUUUUCAUGAAACUCCCAACAAAUACUGUUUGUAUCAACUACCCGCUAAAGUUGAAAUUUUAGUCAGAUCCCAAAUUCAAUAUGGCCGCUAGUAGCCAUCUUGGAUUCAAAGCUGUAGUGUCCAAUCAAAGGUGUUCAGCGCAUGGCCAAAUUAAUACAUGUAAUAUAUAGAGGCUACUGCUACUGGCCAAUUGAUGGCGGUUGAUAUCUCAAAUUCAAUGUCUGACCCAAAUUGUAAAUAUUUGAUGAGACUGAUGCAGUCGUAAUCAUUUUAGAUACCACACAUUGAUCAGGAUUGAUUUUUUUUGUUAGUGCCGAAAAACUUGUAUGAACUGCUGGGAAUUCAAACAGAUUAUCAUCAAUCUAGGGGAAAAGAUGCAUGUGAAUUCCUGCAAAAUUCAUGUAAAACUGAAACACUUACUAAGAUAAAUAAAUUAAGAUGACACAUAGUUAAGGAACUAUUACAAAAUGUGUGUGUAGUUAGGGUUCUGUUAUCAUAUGUUCCCCACUGCCAAAUGUCCCCGUAUCAUUUACUAUCAUAUUAUACCCAGGGAUACAUGUACCAUCCAUUACAUCAGAGUCACAACAUGACACUCCCGUCACCUUCAGUGUAACAGAUAUAUCUGUGUGUGUAUUAAAUACAAAUUAUGUGUUAGGUAAUAGUCUCAUGUUUUUAAGACAUUUUUUUUCAUCAGUAAUCAGGUUAAAGUUUCCCGUGUCCGGUUUUUCCAUUAUGAAUAUUUAAAUAGUGAGACAUAACAUGAUGAAAAUUAUUGUUACUGCAAAGGUGGACGCAAUUAUGAGAUUACAUAAAAACAUCUGAUCUGUUAUCUUCCAUCUUGUAAUGGAGUAUAAACCCAGGAAGUAUGCCCAUUUUUGUUGUUAACCCUUUCACCACUAUAGACCAGAAUGGACUCACCCAGAUCAAUGCAUGGAAGAGUUUACUAUAGUUAGAAAGGGGUGAAACGGUUAAAAAAAUAUCUUGCACAUUAAGGAUCCCCGUACCACUGCCAAAAAACUAGCUAUAAAUUAGAAACUUUUUAAAGGGUUUUAUUUGCAGUUGGCAGGAAUCCUUAAUUCAGAAAAAAUCUAUGGACCAGCGAUCUUCUUGUGCAUGGACAUAGUUUCUGUUUGUCGUAUGUCCUAUUGCAAUUCGUACACAGAUUAUGUGUAGUUUGAUACAGGCAGAAUUUUCGACCCGUAGCCUUUGGACCUACGCUCGUCACUACAAAUGUGCAUUGUAUAAUGAUCUCCGCAUGCUUACUACGUAAUCUACGCAUCGUCACUUGUUAAUUUUUGUUUCAUUAUGCAUAUGACCUUUAUAAAAGGUCAAACCAAAUGUGUGCAAUACUCAUGAACUUAUUGAUGUUAUUUUUGUGAUAGUUUAAAAAUUAUUUAGAGCAAAAUACAUGUAGAAAGAUUUUUAUCGUUUUAUUUCGCAGUAUUAUUUCUCAUUGUAUCAGUGUAUUCAUUCUUACUGUGACGUGGUUUAAGUGACAGAACACGUAAUGUAUACAGGUUAGAUCAACAUUUAGUGUUUUGACUUUUUUUUCGUUAAUUCAUUGAUAAACCUAUAUAUGAAUAUGUCAUUAUAAAUGAAUUACCAUAUAUAUUAGAUAUUUUCGUGUAUAUAGAAUUUUUGCUUUAUUUACAACAAGAUGAUUAAAAUCGUGAAUAUUAGAACGCAAACUUCUAAUCAAAUUAUGAUAAUUGCUGUACACUUUUGUGAUAACACUUGCAUGGAGAUAAAAAUGACAAAAUUCAAAUGUGAAAAUUUAAUGAUUUUGAAAAUGUUUGUGAAAUUUACAUCCUGCAUUAAUAAACUGAUAUAUAAUAUAUUACCGUGGCGAUGUGUUAUAAGAGUUAUAAAUAUGGAGAAGUUUUCAGAAUUUUAUUGUCCUCCUCCUCCUCGUAUUUCUUAACAAUAAACUAGCUUUAUUUACCUUAUACAUAUAUAUAUUACAGAGAAUCAUUGUACUCUUGUCUUGGUUGGUAUUCAUCUUGGCCAAAGUAAAACCUGUUUGGUGCAGAAUUACCUGACUUUUUCCGGUUUGUGUUAGCAACACUUACCUGCACUUGUAGUUAUUUAAAAUCUAUUUUUUGCAAAUCAGUAACUAGGCUCUCUAACUUAAACAGUAGGACUGUAAUGUCGGCCAGGAAACCCCCGACUGUACAUGUCUGUGUGAUUGAUGUCACAAUAUAGAAUAAUAUUGAAAUUGUGUCAGAAUCAACACUGACAUUAGAUAAAAUUAGAUAACAUAUAUUUUGGAGGUUUGGUGAUAUGUGUGUUAUCUAUGUAUAGGUUGUGGAGUCAAAGCUUGAACAUUUUCUUGUGGUGCAAGUGUGAAUAAAAAAAAUUCCUCUCCAUUAUUAUAUACUGUCUGCCUUUCAUGGCCUAAAACCUUCAGUCAAGGUCAUAUACAUGUAUCUACCAUUGAAACCCCAAGUACCAGGUAAUUGUUUUUAGGGGAAUGGAGGGAUGAAUCACAGGGGCUAGCAGUAAUGAAUAUUGAAUAAGAAAUGAUCAUUUAUUAACCACACAAUUAACUUUAUGUAAUCAUGUUCUUUUUCUUAUAAUUCUUAUUUUAUAGUUAUUGUUUCUAGUCCCGUCGGCUGAAUUAAAAACAAACGUUGAGGUAUGCAUAUUAAAAUCAUCCAACAAAAAAUCUUACAGAAAUGCCAAACUUGCUGGUGUAUCACCGGUGAUAAUUCAGGUAGCACAACAGUAAGUUUGUGUUAUUCAUUAAUUUGCGUAACUUUGAGCAGAAGAACAAUGUUUCGGGCUAUUACAUUGUACAGUAUGUAUGGUCUACAUGUAUAUAAUCUACCUGUACAGUGUUUGCCCCGUUCAUCAUUUGUAUGGUUGCUUAACUGCUUUACAAGAAACUUUGUUACAAUUUUAGGAGCAAGUUAGAGAAUUUCACUCGGUGAAAGAUGUCAAAUUUAUUUUGACCGAUCAGUACGAUAUUAUCUAUUUACUGCAUUCAAAGCUAGAUUUUUGUUCAGAUGCAGAUCAAGUGAAAGUAGAAUAAGUGGUUGUUUUGGUAUAUCUUUGCUUUGUUUACUAAAUUAUUUACUUAUAGUAACUGCACAACUGAUAUCAUAAGGAAGUAAAUAUAACAAGGUAAUAGCACAUGUUACAUAUACAAAUGUAAGCUAAAUAUUUUGUUGUAUUUUGAGAUUUUCAUUAUCAUAUUAUCAAUAUGAUUAUUUGAACAUGUAGAGAUCUGAUAUAGAAGAAUAAUAUUUAUAUGAAACAAUAUAUCCCAGGGUACUGGGAUAUCGGUCACUGUGUUUGUUUAUUUUGCAAAACUCUAGGAAACCGUAUAUUUAUGUGCAGUUUUACGACAAAUGACCAAAGUGACAUUUUCGUAUUGACAUCUUACAGGCCGUAACUCCUGAACAAACAAAUGUUCUGAAGUAAGUUUGGAAUUCCCGAGAAUCUGUGUGACAGUAAUACUUUGUUUGUAUCUAACGUGUUAUAUGUUUCUUUUGUGUGUUCAUACCCUCAGAAAAAUAGAAAUUUGAACAAUCUUGUGGAUCCAUUUUGAAUUACAAAUUGUUCUUCAUUGACUGUAUUUAGGUUACUCAUUUAAUCCAUUUUGAAAUAUUUUAGCAUCAUCAUCACCAUUUUAGAAUUUAUAACUUGUGACCUGUAAAUGUCACAUGACAAUCAAGAGUGCUGAUACAAUGAACAAAUUUAUGUCAUAAUUCAUCUAGGUCAUUGUGACUAUUUUUAACUAAAUGUAGGUCACUUUAACUUGAUUGAAGUAGGUCACUGUGGCUUGAUUUCACUAAAUCAUUGUGACUUUUAACUAAAUCAGACAUCAUUAAGUCAAUGACUUAACUAGGUUAUGGUUACUUGCUGUAAUUAGGUCAUUGUGACACAAUUAGGUCACUGACUUGAUUAAACUAGGUCACUGACUUUCUGAAAUGGGUUGCCGUUAUUAUAAUAAUAAUAAUUGUGACUGUAAUAACUUGGUCACUGACUCGUAUGUAAAUGGGUUACCGCGACUUAUAAUAAUUAGGUCACUGUGACCUGUUUUGUGUGCUCUUCCAUAUCACCACCAGUACCUACCCAAUUGUAUAACAGUUUCCUGCCGAGUUGUAGUAGGAUCAAACAGAGAAUAAACUCCACAAAGUAAACAA